CCGGGGCAGAAUGCAAGUAAUAUUGGGUAUCCAGACAAAUGACUCACUUACUAUCCUCACAAGAUAACUGGCUGAUUGGCUAUAGUCGGAGCGAGGGAGGAGCUCCAACAAUGUUCUUUCGUGCCUCCGAGUCUGUAUAGUAUGUAAAUGUAACCCCCACGUGGAGAUCCAUCGCAGCUCCAUGAAUCCAUCAAUCAGCACGAAAGCGGCAAUCCCAGGGUAAGGAACCGAGAGACUUUAAUCUACGGACAUUUCUCCUGCUUCUUCUUUUCUUUUCCUUUGCUUUUCCCUCUCUCUCGCGCUUCAUCUGUCUUUGCAACCUCCAGAAGUGUACUCUACCACCCCGCAUUGAAAUCAUGCCUGCUGCGCUUCUCAUCGGCGACAUCACCCACGCCCGGAAGGAGUGGGAGGAGCUCUCCUCUAUUCUGACACUCAAGGAAUUUCCCUCAGGUACACGCGAAGAGUUCAUCAGCAACCUAAAGGACGGCAAAUACGACGACGUGACUGUCAUCUACCGAUCCAAUGCCUCUACAAAGUUCACCGGCCCCUUUGACAAAGAAUUGAUUCCCCUCCUCCCCAAAUCCCUGAAAUAUAUUUGCCACAAUGGAGCCGGCUACGACAACAUUGACAUCCCACUCUGCUCAGAACGCGAAAUCUCAGUUUCGAGCACGCCGGUGGCCGUCAACAAUGCGACUGCAGAUGUCGGCAUCUUUCUCAUGAUCGGUGCCCUGCGCCAGGCCUACGUCCCGCUAACGGCAAUCCGAGAGGGCAAAUGGCACGGCCAGGCUACGCUAGGUCACGACCCCAAGGGAAAGGUGCUGGGCAUCCUCGGAAUGGGAGGAAUUGGCCGGGAAAUGGCCAACCGAGCCAGAGCCUUCGGAAUGACAAUCCAGUAUCACAAUCGGUCGCGGCUUAGCUCCGAGCUUGAGGGCGGCGCGAAAUACAUCUCAUUCGACGAUCUGCUGGCUACCUCCGACGUGCUAAGUCUGAACCUGGCGCUCAACCCAUCUACCCGUCAUAUAAUCGGCGAGAAGGAGUUCCAGAAGAUGAAGGAUGGUGUGGUUAUCGUCAACACUGCUCGUGGUGCUCUGAUUGAUGAGAAGGCAUUGGUAGCGGCGCUCGAGUCUGGCAAGGUCAUGUCGGCUGGUCUCGACGUGUACGAGCAGGAACCCAUUGUAGAGCUUGGUCUGCUCAACAACCCUCGGGUUAUGCUGCUGCCUCAUAUCGGUACGAUGACUUAUGAGACGCAAAAGGAGAUGGAAAUCUUGGUGUUGGAUAACUUGCGCUCGGCGGUGGAGCAGGGGGAGCUGAUCACGCAGGUGCCGGAGCAAGCGAAGAAAUAGACGAGAUAGCGUUUAGAUUUUGAAUAAUGAAACAAAUGCAUAGACAUAAUGACCAGUUUCUUUUCUCUCCCUCUCUCUCUCCCUAUCUCCAUAAUAGAGAACUGA